UUUUUACUUUGUUAACAACAAUGAACUUUUUCAGAGCUGCUACUCGUACUUCUACUUUGAUUCGUCCCUUGACAAAUACUCGUUCGAGUCCCAUGUGGGCUCGUUGGUUAUCUGAUUCUCUUCGUACAAAGUUGGAUCAAGAUAUCAAAUCUAAACCCAUUGUUUUGUUCAUGAAAGGUACUGCCGAUGAACCCAUGUGUGGAUUUAGUAGAGCUGCUGUUCAAAUCAUGCAAGUUCAAGGUGUUGACUUUAAAGAUGUACAAACCUUCAAUGUAUUGGCGGAUGAUGAUUUGAGACAAGGUAUCAAGGAAUACUCUGAAUGGCCUACCAUUCCUCAAGUAUAUAUCAAUGGUGAAUUCGUUGGUGGUUGUGAUAUCUUGUUGAAUAUGCAUCAAUCUGGUGAUUUGGAAGAUUUAUUGGUCAAAGAAGGUCUCAUUCCCGAAGAACUUGAUGAACCCAAGCAAUAGAUAGAUUCAUAUAUAUAUAUUCUUUUUUUUUUUGUUCUUUAAUGUAUAUCUCUUCCUUCACAAACAAUCAUAUAUAUUUUGAAUCAUCUUUAUUUUUUUUUUAUUUUUACUCAUCCUCUGCACAAUAUGCCCUGACUCGUUUAUAUAUAUAUAUGUAUACAAAUAGAUUGAUUCUCUCUUCUUUCCGAAAAAAGGAUCCCUUUGAUUUUUUAAUAAAAAAAAAAAAUGAUAUUUUUAUUGUCCAA